AUGGUGCCGCCUCCUCACCCCGGGCCCCGGCCCGGGGAUGCGCCGCUGCGGGCUGGUCAGGGCACUGGCACCUUGGAGACCAUGGCAGGGAGGCAGGGGCACUUGGUCUUUGCCAGGGCCGUCGCAGCGUGCGAUGUGGCGCACGCUUGGCAGGAGGCCCUGGCCAUCGCCAAGGUCAUGUUGCAGCAGGGCUACGGAAGAUGCCUUGCUGGCUUCCAUGCCCGAGCUAUGCAACAUCGCUCCGUCGGCAAGUGGAAGGAUGCCGUUGGCUUGCUGGAAGACAUGAAGUUGCACCAGAUCUGGCCUUCCAGCGUGACCUACGCGUUGAUCAUGACAAUCUGCCGGCAAUCCAACGAAUGGCGGUGGCCUUUGCAGCUGCUGGCUUCUCUGACAGAGGAGGGCUUUCCCUUGGACACACGAGUCUGUGGCGCCGCAGCAGGUGCCUGCCACCAAGUGGGCCACUGGCGUUGGGCCGCGUGGGCGCUGGAGAAGCUGUGGCAAAGCCGAGGCCAGGGUCCCAGCGCCGACGACAUCUCCUUGAACCUGGCACUGGCCACCUGCAAGGAGGGACGGAAGUGGCAGCAAGCCCUUGAAUUGCUCUGGCUUCAUGGAGAGAGGCUGACAGGCUUGCAAGGCUAUGACGACUUCGCCGUGGGCUCCGUCGUCAAGGCCCUGGGCCCGCGCUGGGCGCUGGCGCUCUCACUGCUUGAGCUGACGGCCCUGCCCGGUACCGCAGCCAGGGGCGCCACAGUUGCCUCUUGCGCACAGGCGCGCAGGUGGGCGCACGCCUUGGCGCUUAUGACAGGUGAGACGGACAUGGUCAGUCUUAGCACCGUUGUGGCCAGCUGCGUGCAGUGUUCCGAGUGGCGCCGGGCCUUCGUGCUGGUGGAGCGAUCUGCAAAUGCCCACCGUCUCGAUGGCGUCAUGUGGAGCUCCUUGCUCAGCGCAUGUGAGCAUGGGAGCGCAUGGGAACAGGCCUUGAACUUCUUCGGGCAUAUGUGUCACGUCACGAAGUUGCAGCCGAACGUUGCAGUGUUCGGGACGAUCCUGCGAUCGUGCAGGGCCUCCCACCGAUGGAAAGAGGUGGUGCAACUGUCGGCUUCCAUGAAAGACUACCUCGUUCUGCCCUCUGCAGUGUGCACGUCCACAGUCCUCGCGACCUUGACAGCAGCUGGCCAUGCCAAGGACACGCCAAGGCUGUCACCCAGCAUACGACACCUCCUGGGCAUGGCAACACAGACCGAAAUAUGGCAGCCGCCGACACUCCGAACUGCUUCGGCAAGCCAGGUGGAAUGUGUUGCCUUGGCGGAGCUCCUGGAGGACUGGCAAUGGUGGAGCCCGGCACGCAGCUUCGUGCCCCAACCUUAG